AUCUACAGGGUCCUCGAGACCACAUCCGUCUACUACCCACCAACUCAAGUCAUAGAAAGCUGCCUGCUCGCAGCUGCUGCUCAAGGCCCGCCCGCCAUCUGCGACCCACAUAGAUCGAGAUGUCAAGUGUCUGCCGAGGUCCUUUAUCGAACACGGAGAGUUACUGGAGACUUUCCAUACUGUCCCACACCUGGCCUGCAUGCAUCUAGUCACCAGCCGAUUCGCACCAUCGCACCUUGGAGAUCUCACCAUACCACAACGGUGACUGUUACAUCAUCAAAUGCCUGGGGACCGCUGCCGACUGGUUCUGACUGCGAAAGGGAUGGUGAGGAGAAGUCACUCUGCAAGAACGACAAGUGUAUGUGGGGUUUCCUCAAGCCUUGGGAAUCCCAGACGGUCAGAUUGGUCACAAUCACAGGCUCCAAUGGCGUCUCGCUCUUUGGUUCUGUGAAAGAAAGUGUCAACAUCACCACACCGCAUUGGGGGUUCCUUGCUCCGGCCACGACUACUAAAAAGAGCACGACUACGACGUCGGGUUACGACACGUCAAAGUUCAAAAGCAAAAAGCCCGAAUCAUCGGCUCACUCUACCUCUCCGCCAGCACCGGUAUGCACUAACGAGCUUGACUGCAGAGAAUACUGCGAGAAGAGGAUAAAGGCACCAAAGAAGCACAUGAUGGCACUUCUAGUUGGCGGCACUGCGUUUACUGGGAUCGCGGGUCUGGCAAUGCUGCUGAAGAUAUACAGCAAACACAUUCAUCGCUGGUGUAGGGCUCGACACGACCGCCGCAGAAGCGCUGACACAUAUGCUCAACCUCCAAUGGAUGAUGGGAGUGUGCAGGGCUUGCAGCUAGCGCAGGCACCUCCAGUUCAGGCGAGAAGCAGAGGUCAUGUGCGGUUCCAGGUUGAUGGCGCCGACAGUGAGUGCUGUCGAUGUGCUCGAUGA